GGUAGGUAUAUCCCACAUUCUACGAAAAUCAGACCCUGUAUCUGUAUGAUGUACAUAUUGUACAUAGAUAUCUAGGUAAGUACCUACCUGGCUUCUACGUACCUAGGUUACUCCCUCUACCGGUCCUGCUGGGGCCUCCCCCCCCUCCUGUCUUCGUCAUUCGUCAGGUUGCUUCGACAUGGACUGCCGACCGACGGCUCCCAUGCCUCUCUGCUUCCAUUUCUAGUAGGUGAGCACGCCGACGCCGCUGCUGGUCCUCUCGCGCUCCCAAUUGCGCUCGCAGGCGGCUUUUUCUCAGUGACGAUGCCGCAUUAGCGAAGUAAGCUGUCAUGUCCAAUGGCGACAGGCUCUGCAGACACCACGCCAGUCGAGCCGAAUGGCGGCCCUUCUUUAACCUCUCGCCUGUGUGCGCGUCGCCUGAGGUGGCUGGAUCGGCCCAGGGACUUACCGACUCGUCGCCGUCGAAUCGUCGCCUCCGUGUCUGUUCUGCCGAAACUGACUGGCGAGAGGGCCAACCGCUAUGCCGAAGAGUUGCCCUGCCAUCGUCGCCACGGGGGGGCCGCCUACAACAUGCCGCAUGCAACCUGCAGUCAAAUUUGUGCGUGUCCAAUCAUGGUCUCGGCGAAAGCUUCUCUCGACGCGUCACUACUCACAGCCCGCGGGAAUCGAUGGAUGAAUUGCUGCUGCAUAUAGACUCGUCUCCAUCCUACGCAGACGCGACGCUAUGCCACCCUCUCGUCUCAGCCAUCGCCAGAACCGCUGCAUGGAAUAGGCAGGUUGCCGUGUUGAUCUCGAAUCCAUCUACUCCAGACGUCCUUCGUCCACCUGGUCUGCCGAAACGUCUGCAUGCUCCUAUCGCCAGCCUUCCCGAAUUCUCCGGCCUGCCUGGGCAUCCUGGGUUACGACAGGCACUCUUCGUCUCUUCGCCAUGCUAUCGACUGCUCCCAGAGGCAAUCAUCAGCGAUCGCUCUUAUAUUAGUGUGACCCAUGAGAGACCACAUCCGACAUUCCAUUGCCUCCUCGCCACUAACACCGACAGUUGCAUGUAAAUGUGUAUUGAUAGGACGCACUGCCCCAGGUUACAGUGCUGAUACUUGUCACCGUCUAUGGAGAUGGGCUUGCUUACGAUCGGGGUAGGUAGGUUGACUAGCUCUGGUGGCCGGUCCGCCUUCGUCCACGCCCGUGCUGCCUCGCCCACUCACGAUGGCAAAGUCUCUCUCUACCUGAAGGUCACUUAGCCAACGAGGUGCCGCUCACGGCGCCGACCGUCCGCCGCUGCUGCUGCAAUGCGCGACAUUGCAUGAAUUAGUGCGCUACCCAGGCACUAUUACUACGGCAUGCAACCUCAUCGAAUGCUAUUUUCCUGUAUCGCCGUCGUGGAUAUUAGAGAUGCAGCCUCC